CACAUGUGCUACAAUGAGAUAAAUGUUCUGCUAUAAAUGCAACACAACUGCACAUACUGUGUGCAGGUGAACACAGUGGGCAGCAAUGAUGAUCUUAUUGUUAGCUCUUCUUGGUGCUGCAGUGGCAGCACCGCUGGAUGAUAAGAUAGUUGGUGGUUAUGAGUGUAAGGCUCAUUCUCAGCCCUGGCAGGCCACUUUGAAUGUUGGAUAUCAUUUCUGUGGUGGUUCCCUCAUCAAUGACCAGUGGGUCAUCUCUGCCGCUCACUGCUGGAUUAAUCCCUAUAGUCAGAUAGUUAUCCUGGGUGAACACCACAUCUGGGAGUAUGAAGGCACAGAACAGUACAUGGCUGUGGAUGCCAUCUACUGGCACCAAAGCUAUGACUACCAGACAAUGGACUAUGACAUCAUGCUCUUAAAGUUAGCCCACCCUGUAACGAUAAAUGAGUUUGUAAAGCCUGUUUCUCUGCCCACGGCAUGCCCCACUCCAGGGGAGAUAUGUACAGUGUCAGGCUGGGGCAACAUCUACUCAGACUCAGUGUUCAACCCAUUCCACCUUCAGUGCUUAGAGGUUCCCAUUCUUUCUCAGCAAGUGUGUGAGAACUCAUAUCCAGGAAUGAUAACAAAGCACAUGGUGUGUGCAGGUUAUUUGGAGGGAGGCAGAGAUUCCUGUCAGGGUGACUCUGGAGGUCCACUGGUGUGUAACCGUGUACUGCAUGGUAUUGUAUCCUGGGGUUAUGGAUGUGCUCAACCUAAUUAUCCUGGUGUCUACACUAAAGUGUGUGCUCUGCUGCCAUGGAUCAAUGAAAUUCUUAACAGCUAUUAGACAUCCAGAAAACCACACCAGACAUCUCCAUAAACACUUUACAGAACUAAUAUUUCUCUUAGAUGAAUGUGAUGAAUAAAUAUAAAACAAAACCCUGUAUACAAACAAAUAUAAAUGCACAUAAAGGUGUGGAACAAUAGACCUACUUUUCAUACAAUAGAUUUUUUUUGAAAAUCAUGUGCCAUGGAAUUGUGCAUGUAUUUUCAUGAAUAAACAUUAUAUGUAAUUUUUUCCACAUUAAAUACAUAAGUGCUAAGCAUGUUA